UCUUCGCUUUCGGCAGCAGUUACUUCGUCCUGUUCAUCGCUCGAGCGGUCCAAGGCAUCGGUUCCUCCUGUUCCUCCGUGUCUGGUAUGGGCAUGCUGGCGGAACGAUACCCAGACGACAAGGAGCGUGGCAACGCCAUGGGUAUAGCCCUGGGAGGCCUGGCCCUUGGGGUACUCAUCGGCCCCCCUUUUGGUGGGGUUAUGUUCCAGUUCGUGGGUAAGACGGCCCCAUUCCUCAUCUUGGCGGUGUUGGCCCUUGGAGACGGACUGCUGCAACUGUUAGUGCUUCAGCCGGCGGUAGUGAAGCAGGAGGAAGAGGCACCAACACUCGGAGAACUAGUUAGUGACCCCUACAUCAUCAUUGCAGCCGGAGCGAUCACCUUCGCCAACAUGGGUAUAGGGAUGCUGGAGCCAUCUCUUCCUCUCUGGAUGAUGGACACGAUGGAUGCACCUGAGUGGCAGCUCGGAGCGGCCUUCAUUCCAGCCUCGAUCUCCUACCUGAUCGGCACAAACCUCUUCGGCCCUCUCGGCCACCUGAUGGGCAGGUGGCUCGCCUCCCUCAUCGGCCUCGUUAUCAUCGGAAUCUGUCUCAUGAGUAUCCCCAGCGCCACCACCAUCAACCACCUGAUCGCCCCCAACGCUGGUCUGGGCUUCGCCAUCGGCAUGGUCGACUCGUCAAUGAUGCCGGAGUUAGGCUACCUCGUCGACCUCCGUCACUCUGCCGUCUACGGCUCCGUCUACUCCAUCGGCGACGUCGCCUUCUGUCUCGGCUUUGCUAUUGGACCGGCACUCUCCGGCACUCUGGUGCAGGCGUUUGGGUUCAAGUGGAUGUUGUACGGAGUGGCCAUCAUCAACUUCCUGUACGCUCCCUUCAUGUACUGCCUCAAGUCGCCUCCCGCCAAGACAGGCGAACGCCAGAACUUGAUAUACGGAGAGAAGUCGUCAGUGAGGUAUGUCACGUACAAGAACGAAGACGAGGAGGAGACUUGCCCUUAAAGAACUCAUCUUUGUAAAGUAAAGGAGGUGAUAAGGAACGAGUUUAUCUCUAAAAGAAUUUAUUACGAUAUUUAAAGGCAGUUAACAUUUUUGGUAAUCUAGGAAAGUUAAUGUGUGACAAAGUUAUGAAUUUACAUAGGUACACGAGGUGUGUUUUAUGGAGGCAAUGCAGCCGUAUAUAAUAAUCGAUGUAAAAUUUAUGUAUCGGAUAAAAUAUAUCAAUUGUGCAAAAUAGUAUUGGACUAAAUGUAUAUCUGGCUUUUUGUGGGGUCAAAUCGGGUUAAUUCUGGCUAGCAUAGUGUCGUGUUUAUCAGGGGUAGCCGUGUCGGCUGGCCUCAGGAGUGUUCAGAGAGACUUCGAGAGCGGCGCCUGAGAAUACGUGCCGUCACAAGCCAACGCGGACUCCGUGGCUCAAGAGCGAAAUUCUGCCGAAGAAUCCAAGUUUUUUCCGGACUGGCCGUAGCGGAAAGAUACGUGUCGAACUACUUCCAACUCGAAGCAAGGUGUCCAGAUAUAUUUCAUAAAGAUAUAUAAAUGGGAGACGGCAUGGUUGAUUCAAGAAAUUGUAGAAGAGAAAGUUUCAGAACGACGACUCGCCGCAGGAGCCAGUACCUACCAGCAGCGCCGCCAGUCUGCUGCAGGAAGGUAUGUGCUGGCCCUGCAAAUAUACCGAAAACUAAAAAGACAAAUUAAAAGUUAAACUCUCAUUGAAUUGGGAGACCAAUUAACUUGAUUUUGGCAUCAACGACUACAGAUGUAUUUUAAGCUAGCGACUGGCCAGCUCCCCCACACCCCCGACUCCACUCUUAUAGGCACCUUCGACAGCCUAUUCCCGAACGUGUAAAUGAGAAGCGUAACUGUACCACAAAUAUACUCACAAUGUGAUGAGAUAUUGUGAUGUUUUGCAACUUGGAACAACGAUUCGAAACACAUUUCUUUUGUACGAGAGCAACUAUAUACCGAUUGUGACGUCACAUACAACCCGAGACACCUUAACCGGGGAUCGAAGCUGCUCCGAUCCUACUCCACACAGGCUUCUUAACAACGCAUUUGACAUGUGUAUAAUGAAGGGAUCAUGAUGUGGUAAGGAUACUGCAAUUCUCUUUCUCUUGGGUUUAACCCAUUACAUGUCUAGCUUACAUGUGGCCAACCCAUUAUAUGUUUGGCUUACAUGGGGCCAACCCAUUAUAUGUUUAGCUUACACAAAUACAUUUCAGGAUUACAUAGAACCAAUGCACCGUAUAUCUGACGUGCACGGGGUUAAUCCAUUGAUUUUUGGGCUUUCACAGGGUGAAGCAAAUGCAUUUCUGAUUCGUAAAUUAUCAAUCUUCUGUUCUUCAGGCCUAUAGAAGGCUAUUUCAGUGCAUUUCUAGCUUCACUGCCGCCAAUCAAGCGCAUUUUUAGAUGGAACAAUCUCAAGGCAAAUUCACUAUUGUUUUGUAUUGUGCAAAUUCAGUGUAUUUCUGUCCUUGAUACUGCAUAUUUAGUGCAUUUAUGUCCUUCU